AUGCCGAUCACGAAUACCUAUCGUCGAUAUACGGCUGAUGGAACAUUUGGAAUCAUUGCUAAUGAUUCUGUUCCAAUUAAAUAUGUUAAAGACGUGAACGGGAAGGCUGGAAAGUUGUGUGUCACUGGGACCGGUUCCACCGUUUCUCUAUGGAAUCUCCACACUUCCCUCUCUUCUGGAUCUCUUUGUAGAAAUUCGGGAAACCGUUUUAUAUCCGUACUGGCUGUCAACUAUGAGUCCGGCUCUACGGAUACCCUUGUUGGCGUUGGAUACAUGGAUGGCUGGGUCACAGUGUUUUCAUUACACUCGGGAAAAGAGGAGGCCUCAUUUCGAGCUGGUUCUCACCGAGUCACAUCACUUGACAUAUCGGGCUCAUCUGUUGCCUGUGCUUCAGAGUCUGAAUUACAUAUUCUGGACAUUAUCUCAGGAGGCGGAUAUCGCUUAAAGGGUCAUCGUGGUGCCGUCACUUCAGUUAAAGUCAUACCAAAUAACAAUAUUCUGAUCUCUGGCGGUCGCGACACUUUUAUCAAGUUCUGGUGUCUGAAAACACAGCACUGUUUUCUUACUCUCACUGGCCAUCCUGGACCUGUUUGGGACGUUGCCUUAUCUGCCAACUGCAAAAUCUUGGUAACUGGGAGUUCUGACACCAACUUGCGGCUAUGGAAGAUAAAGUACAAUAACAGAGUUGGUGAAAAGGGCGAAAGUGACUUCCUGAAUGUCUCGGACGCGCAACGGUUGAUCGAGGACAAUCUCGUUCAAUCAAUUCCCCUUGCAGACUACAGUUCGCUACUGGAAAUAGAAUUCCGUGGAACAAUUCCACGAAAAUCUGUUAAGCGGGUGUUCUCAUUGACUUUUGAUCCGAGUGGUCGGUAUUUGGCUUGCCAGACUCUGGAUAAGGUUCUUGAAAUUUUUGUUUUGCUUAGUGAGGCUGAGCGUCAGUCUCGUCUGCGAAAGAAGCAAAAGAAGGCCAGAAAGCUGGGAUCGAUAGACCCACCAGCGGUUAAGUUAACGGCAGAAGACGAACUCCGUUGCAUUUACCGAAUCGCUCUACCUGCAAAGCUCUCUUCUUGCGACAUUCGUGUGUCCCAUUUCAAUCCCAUGACUAGGGAAACUGAAGAUCGACCUCGCAUCUCAAUCUUACAUAUCCUCUGUUCCUACCGAAACAACCUCGUGGAGGAGUACAGCCUGAAGGUUCCCGUGACGUUGCCCACUCGACCCGUCCUUCUCUCUGGUUGCGUCUCUCGACUCCCAGAAGCCAAACAGAAGGCGAUGGCAGUGGAGUCGACCGGGUGUGAGCUACGUCUUGCUGGGCGCAUCUCAAAUCUUGGCCAUCGUGCCUUCCCUCUCAGCUGUCAGAUUACCGAAGACGGCUUUGGCGUUUUUACGCUGGCUCAUGGGGAGGGUAAACUGUGGAAUCGGUUAAACCAAACGUGCCUUACAACGAUAGAUUGGAGUUCUGUGGAGUUGAAAAGUACACCACUUUCAGGGGAGGAAAUCUCCAAAGUGGAGAACGAGGCGGAGGAUGAUGCGAUGAUGAGUAGGAAGGUGUCUCUGAAGUCUCUAAAAGCCACCGCUUUUGUACUUGCUCCCGGUAGUCGACAUGUCGCUAUUGGCUUUGAGUCGGGGCUGACCUGCUUGUUCGACCUGAUCACGAAGAAAUGCACACAGACACUAGCCAAUGCUCACACCGGUGCUGUUCGAAGUCUCAUUCUCACAGGUGAUCGGAAAGGCAUCAUUUCCGGAAGUGCAGAUUCCAAAGUAGGAUUCUGGGAUUUUGAUUUGAAUGUGCAUUUAAAAAGUGGUCCGAGCCUCUACCUGAAGUCACACCGACCGGUCCAAUCAGUUGCUGAUCAGGUAACUGCUCUGACCACUACUCCAGACAACCGUCUUAUCGCUGUGGCAAUGGUUAAUCUACAUGUGGAUAUCUACUUUACGGACUCAUUCAAGCGGGUGCAUAGCCUCUAUGGCAUGUCUGCUCCUGUGAGUUGCAUGGACGUGUCAGAGGACAGCCGUCUGCUCUUAACCGGCAGCGGAGACAAGACGGUUCGAUUGUGGGAGCUCCAAUUCGGCAACUGUGUGCGGCGAUUCGUUCAACAUACUGAUCCGAUUACGGCUGUGCGGUUCAUGCAUGGCUCGACUCUGGCCUUCUCUGCAGAUCUCGGUGGAAUUAUCCGUGAAUGGGAUGUCAAAAAACUGCAGGAGGUUUGUGUGCUGAAGGGCCAUGAAGGUGGCAUCACAGGUCUCGUGACCCUGGCAACCCGCCCAGGUCUUGGUAAACUAAUGCGAAAGAAUCGUCCUCGUGCACCCCCCAAGCGCAAACGUUCAGACACUUUCGAUGUAGCCUCCGCUGACGAGGGCGAGGAGGACGACUUUGAAGCGGAUAUCUGCGGCGGCGUAGUAAUAUCCACCGGUCGUGACUUCUCCUGUCGUGUGUGGUGUGAGUCUGAGGAACCUCUGGUGCUCGAAGAGGAGGCGGAGCUGGCUCGUGAGGCCGCGGAGGAUGAGCACGAGCUUGCCCGCUAUGAAGCCAUCGUACCGGGAGCUGUUGCUCCCGAGGCCGGUGAAACUGGACCCCUAGGCCGUCCCACUGUCACUACUCGUAAUGCUGCGGACUCAUUGAUGGAGGCAAUAGACAUAUACACCAGACAGACGCAGAUUGAAAAUGAGUCAGAGCCACCGCAUCCACUGAUGGUGGCCUAUGGCGUACCUGACGACCCCGACCGCUUUCUCUUCACCAUCUUCUCCUCUCUCCGAUUACCUGCAAGCGGUGGUAUGUCCGGGCUGGAACACGCACUGGGCUGCAUACACAGCGACCACGUGACUCGUCUUCUACCUCGUCUGGCCGCGUGGAUGGGGCGCGGAUGGGACAUAGAACUGUGCGGUCGCGCCCUCCGCUACCUCUGCACCCUCCAUGCCGCUCUCGUGACUGCUGAUACCAAUCUGACCUCCACCCUUGCUGCUGCUGUGGCUGCCAAACGGUCACAUCUCUCGCAGACCAAGAAGAUGCUUGGGAUGAAUCUGGCGGCGCUAGAUCUCUUGCAGCGGAAGAUUGAGGAGGAGAACCAGAUUUCUCUGUUCGAGGAGGCUACCUCAAAACGAGUGAAGCGAAUAAAGAAGAUUAAGGAGAAAAUUGCCAAGCGAGCGGCCGUCCCCACUGGUUGA